CGCCAUGGCCCCCGCGCCCACCGCCGGCCCCGCGGGACGCAGCUGAACGGCCGCCCCCGGGCGGGGGGAUCCGCUCGCACUUCGCAUGUCCGCGGCGCCCGGGAAGUCGGAUGUGUACGGCCUUCCUCCCCCUCCUCCUCUCCUCCAUGGCCGUCGUGCUCCGGCUUCUCGGCCUCUCCGGGAGCGCUCCGAGCCCGGCGGGCAGCAGCGGCAGCACCGCACGUCGCGAUCGCCGUAGCGAGGCACGGCACGGCUCGUCCCAGUGACCGCGCCCCAGCCCGGCCAUGUACCCCCAGGGCCGGCACCCGGCUCCGCACCAGCCGGGCCAACCGGGCUUCAAAUUCACCGUGGCCGAGUCCUGCGACCGGAUCAAGGACGAGUUCCAGUUCCUGCAGGCCCAGUACCACAGCCUCAAAGUGGAGUAUGACAAGCUGGCGAACGAGAAGACCGAAAUGCAGCGCCAUUACGUUAUGUACUACGAAAUGUCCUACGGUUUGAACAUUGAAAUGCACAAACAGACAGAAAUUGCUAAAAGACUGAAUACAAUUUUAGCCCAGAUCAUGCCUUUUCUGUCACAAGAGCACCAACAGCAAGUGGCACAGGCUGUUGAACGUGCCAAGCAAGUGACAAUGACGGAGUUGAAUGCUAUCAUCGGGGUACGUGGACUUCCCAAUCUGCCUCUCACCCAGCAGCAGCUCCAGGCCCAGCACCUCUCCCACGCCGCCCACGGGCCCCCGGUCCAGCUGCCGCCACAUCCCUCGGGGCUCCAACCGCCGGGAAUUCCGCCGGUCACCGGCACCAGCUCGGGGCUGCUGGCCCUCGGAGCCCUGGGCAGCCAGGCCCACCUUGCUGUCAAGGAUGAGAAGAACCACCAUGACCUGGACCACAGAGAGCGAGACUCAAGUGCAAAUAAUUCCGUGUCGCCCUCGGAGAGCCUGAGAGCCAGCGAGAAGCACCGGAGCUCCACGGAUUACAGCAUCGACUCCAAGAAGCGGAAAGCGGAGGAGAAGGACAGCAUGAGCCGAUAUGACAGCGAUGGUGACAAGAGCGAUGACCUGGUGGUCGACGUCUCCAACGAGGAUCCCGCCACCCCCCGGGUCAGCCCGGCCCACUCGCCCCCGGAGAACGGCCUGGACAAAGCCCGCGGGCUGAAGAAGGGGGACGCUCCCAACAGCCCGGCCUCGGUCGCCUCCUCCAGCAGCACUCCCUCCUCCAAGACUAAAGACCUGGGCCACAACGACAAGUCGUCGACGCCCGGGCUCAAGUCGAACACUCCGACGCCGCGGAACGACGCGCCCACCCCGGGCACCAGCAGCACCCCGGGGCUGCGGCCCAUGCCCGGCAAGCCCACCGGCAUGGACCCCCUGGCCUCGGCCCUGCGCACGCCCAUCUCCAUCGCGGGCUCCUACGCCGCCCCCUUCGCCAUGAUGGGGCACCACGAGAUGAACGGGUCCCUCACCAGCCCCGGCGCCUACGCGGGGCUGCACAACCUCCCCCCGCAGAUGAGCGCGGCCGCCGCCGCCGCCGCCGCCUACGGCCGGUCGCCAAUGGUGAGCUUUGGAGCUGUUGGUUUUGACCCACACCCACCCAUGCGAGCCCCCGGCCUGCCCUCCAGCCUGGCCUCCAUCCCCGGGGGGAAACCAGCCUACUCGUUCCACGUGAGCGCCGACGGGCAGAUGCAGCCGGUGCCGUUCCCGCACGACGCGCUGGCGGGGCCCGGCAUCCCCCGGCACGCGCGGCAGAUCAACACGCUGAGCCACGGCGAGGUGGUGUGCGCCGUCACCAUCAGCAACCCCACCCGGCACGUCUACACCGGCGGCAAGGGCUGCGUCAAGAUCUGGGACAUCAGCCAGCCCGGCAGCAAGAGCCCCAUCUCCCAGCUCGACUGCCUGAACAGGGAUAACUACAUCCGCUCCUGCAAGCUGCUCCCGGACGGCCGCACGCUGAUCGUGGGGGGCGAGGCCAGCACGCUGACCAUCUGGGACCUGGCGUCGCCCACGCCCCGCAUCAAGGCCGAGCUCACCUCCUCGGCCCCCGCCUGCUACGCCCUGGCCAUCAGCCCCGACGCCAAAGUCUGCUUCUCCUGCUGCAGCGACGGCAACAUCGCCGUGUGGGACCUGCACAACCAGACCCUCGUCAGGCAAUUCCAAGGCCACACAGAUGGUGCCAGCUGCAUAGACAUCUCCCAUGAUGGUACGAAGUUGUGGACGGGGGGCCUGGACAACACGGUGCGUUCCUGGGACCUGCGGGAAGGGCGGCAGCUCCAGCAGCACGACUUCACCUCCCAGAUCUUCUCCCUGGGGUACUGCCCGACGGGCGAGUGGCUGGCAGUGGGCAUGGAGAGCAGCAAUGUGGAGGUGCUGCACCACACCAAGCCCGACAAGUACCAGCUGCACCUCCACGAGAGCUGUGUCCUCUCCCUCAAGUUCGCCUACUGCGGGAAAUGGUUUGUGAGCACUGGGAAAGACAACCUGCUCAACGCCUGGAGGACGCCCUACGGAGCGAGCAUCUUCCAGUCCAAGGAAUCCUCGUCCGUCUUAAGUUGUGACAUUUCAGCGGAUGACAAGUACAUCGUCACGGGCUCUGGUGACAAGAAGGCCACAGUCUACGAGGUCAUCUACUGAGCGUGGAGUUUCUGGGAGGGCUGGCAGCUCCCGGCCCCGCAGGACUCGGGAAGCAGCGGGGGAUGCCACGGGGUGGCCCAGGGACCGUGCCCGCUCCGAGGGGGCUCUGCCCGGCGUCCGCCACACACGGAUUUAUUUGGAGAUCUGCGACUCUGGCACACGUUGGAGCCCUUAAACGGAUGUUUCUUUGGGUUUUAGGGUCGUGGGGUUUCUUUUGAUUUUUUUUUUAAAUUUUUUUUUUUUUUUUUUUUUUGGUUUUCCGGUUCUUUCCGUCUGCGCUUUGGUGGCACUAUAAAGGACUCCUUUUUUUUUUAUCGUGACUUUUUUUUUGUUUUGUUUUGUUUUGUGCAGCCUUGCAUAAGACUUGUGAAAAGUGUAAAUACCGGACUAGUAAAUAGCGUUGAAGGGGGGUCCCUCCCGGUACA